UUGUAACACAAGUGCUGUGCAAAACUCAAUUCAGAAUAUGCAAAUAGAAUAUAAACAACUGGGAAUUGGACACAAACACUGUUGCAGAACGUUCAGUUUUGUAUUACAAGCCGCAAUAUGAAUUACUAAGCAGUAUUAUCAGCAAAUAUUGGUUAUUUUAUCAGUGAAAUCCAAAUUUACCAAACAAAUGCAGAUUGCUUGAACAUAAAUCCACAAAUCGAGACAGAAUCUUCUGAACCAGAAACGGUGCAUUUAUUCCUCCAAAAAUCAAAGCCUUUACUAAACCAUGGCUUUAAUUCGCUUCAAUUUUUAUAUUUUAUUAUCGUUAUUGGCUAUUCUCGUUGGGAAAUUAGUACAAAAUGUGCAGAGUUCACGGGUAUUGGAACUGAGCGAUCGAUUUAUUGACAUUAAACAGGACGGUCAAUGGUAUGUGAUGUUCUAUGCACCGUGGUGUGCACAUUGCAAACGCACCGAACCCGUUUGGGGCCAUGUCGCUCAGGCUCUUGUCAAUACGAACAUUCGUGUGGGAAAGGUUGACUGCUCACGUUUUCCAGUUGCUGGCCAACACUUCAAGGUGCAAUCAUAUCCAACGAUAAUGUUCAUCAAGGGUGAACAGGAGUACAUUUAUUCGGGUGACCGAGUGCGAGAGGAUAUGCUAGCAUUUGCAUAUCGAAUGUCCGGACCGCCUGUGCAAUUAGUCACACAAAUUGACAGUUUAGACUACUUGAAAACACAGAAUGAACUAUUUUUCGUCUAUGUUGGACAACGAAACGGGUCAUUGUGGAAUAAAUUCCUUCGGAUUGCCGAACACUUCCAAGCACAUGCCUACUUUUAUGCAACCGGACGCGAAUUAGCCACUCCACACUUUCAAAUCGAUACACUUCCAGCCGUAUUAGUUUAUAAAGAAAGCAAUCACUAUCAUUUCCCAUUGUCUAGCGAUUUCCACUUAGUGGAGGAAGACUUCCUGAAUGAAACUCUCUUCAAUUGGGUGAACGAGGAGAGAUUUAUUUCAUUCCCGAAAAUAACGCGCUCGAACAUUUAUCAAAUCAGUCAAACACAAAAGUUCCUCGUUUUAGCGGUGGUUGAAGAGAAUAAAUUGAGCGAAAUUGCAAGCCAUGAAUUGGAAUUCAGAGACAUGGUCGAACAAAUUGUACGACAAAAAUAUGAUAAAUACCACGAACGAUUCCAAUUCGGUUGGAUCGGCACUCCAGACAUUGCUCAUUCAAUUGUUAUGGAUCAAUUGGCCACACCGCAUUUGAUUGUAUUGAACACCAGUACAUACGAACAUUAUAUACCGGAUGAUGAACCAGAGAGGCUGACCUCUGAUGCUAUUGAACUAUUUCUGCACAAUAUCCAUCACGAAAAAGUCAGAAGUUACGGUGGAAAUUCGCUACCGGUUCGAAUCUACCGCACUUACUUCGAAACGAAGCGAUUCUUGGUAGAGAUGUGGAGAGGCAAUCCAAUUUUGACAUCCGUUUUAUUUGGUCUUCCGCUCGGCUUCUUAUCGCUCAUCAUGUACUCCAUCUUCUGUGCAGACAUCCUUGAUGCAGAUGAAGAGGACGAAGACGAUGUCCACGAAAAAAAUGACUAAAAAAAAUACUGUGUGCGGAAGUAUACGUAAAAUCUCAUUGACUAUCAAAUGGAUUGCAAAUUUUUUUUUGUUUAAUGAGAACUGCAUUGGAUCUCCUCUCAUUGAAAAUCUAGUCGAUUUAGCCAGUGUUUUAUUCGGAUUUAGUAAAUUCAUGAAGAUCAACUUAGUAAUGAUUCUCGGCAGUCAACAGAAACACUGUCUAAAAGAAAAUUUCAUUGUUUUCAACAUGUAUAGCUGAGAAAAUUGAAAGGAACACAAAUUUAAUUUGAAAUGGUCAAGUUCAAUAUAACAAUUCCCAUUUUUUUUGCAUUUUAACAAUCGAAAUAUUAAAAAAGUGCCAACUAAUCAAUUUUGUAUAAAUCAAUAACAGAUUCAUAUAAAAACUAUCCCA